AUGAAAACAUGGAAAAGGUGUAAAUCUUUGGGGUGGUUUGGGGGGAAAAGGAGGUCAAAGUUAGGGUGUGAUCAGGGGGAAAGAGACGGCGGCCGGAAAAAGAUCCGGGUGGCGCCGGAGGGGUGUUUGUCGGUGUACGUGGGGGAGGAGGGGCGGAGGUUUGUGAUAAAGACGGAGUAUGUGAACCACCCGCUGUUCAAGAUGCUGCUUGAAGAAGCGGAAUCGGAGUACGGUUACGAUACCGGAGGGCCGCUGAAGCUCCCCUGUCGCGUUGACCUUUUCGUUAAGGUUUUGGUGGAGAUGGAUUCCGACGACGACGAUAUUUAUGUUCGCCGUGGAUGCUCCUUCGCUAGGUCCCCCGCCGCCGCCUACCACCACCUUUCUCCGUCACCGUUUUAA